GGUGGUGACCAAGGCCGUCCCAGCUCUCAAGCUGGCAGCCUCCCAGCUUCCAAGAUAGGACAGCAGUUUGCCUGUUGGACGUAUCCGGAGCCCCGCCCACCCACCAGUACGGCUAGCAACGCCACCUGGCAGCCAGCUCAGCUGUACCCCAGCAUCGAUGGAACUAAGAUGGUGAAAACCUUCCAGGCAUAUCUACCGAAUUGCCACCGGACCUACAGUUGUGUACACUGCAGAGCACACCUCGCCAAUCACGAUGAGCUCAUAUCAAAGUCUUUCCAAGGCAGUCAGGGGCGUGCGUACCUGUUUAAUUCGGUGGUGAACGUGGGUUGUGGGCCGGCGGAGGAGAGGGUGCUACUGACCGGCCUGCAUGCCGUGGCGGACAUCUUCUGUGAGUGCUGCAAGACAACGCUCGGCUGGAAAUACGAGCAUGCGUUCGAGUCGAGCCAGAAGUACAAGGAAGGCAAGUACAUCAUCGAGCUAGCUCACAUGAUCAAGGAGAAUGGCUGGGAUAACGACGAUCGACCUUGACGACUGAUCUUGACAUCAACCUUGACGACGACACCCUGACUACUGGAGGGUGGGCUAAGCUCCAGAGAACACUACAACCGUCCAUCGCACACUCUGCCAUCUUCUUCCCACGCAUGUAAAUAUUCCCCUCACCCACAAACCCCACCCCACCC